GGUUACUUUGGUUUUAGCCACACCUCAGAGGUUUGAAGUGAAAAACCCCUCAAAACCAGCGUGACCCUCUUCCUAUACCACAAUAUUUGAGCGGCCGCCAACUCUCUCAGCAGUCGAACUCAGCCUCGACCAAGCUGUUUGUGCCAGUCGCCGCCUCCUUUUCCGGAUUGUGUACUUGUAGUGUGGUUUUGAAGAAACAGACUUUGAUUUUGAGUACUGAUAAUAUGCAUAAUCUUACCCGUUUGUUAUCUCGCUUGUCAUCUACUUCCCUUAGUACUGUCACAAACACCACAAGAAUUUUGGAGAAAACUUUGCCCUCAUUGGGAAAUAAUGUGAAUAUUGCUUCAAAGAGUGGAUGUGAGGCUAAUCGGGUUAUUGUGACCCGAACAUUUUCUGUGAAAUCAGGUGGUGGUGAAGAUGGGAGUGAAGGCAAAAAUGAAUGGGAGAAGGCAAUGGGUGGAUCAAUUGGUGGCACCAGUUCUGAUGAUCUGAGUUGGGAAACGAGUUCAACCUGGUCAACUGGAUUGACCAAGGAGCACUUCAAUGGAGAGGCUGUUGGACAUCAAGCUAGUUCCAGCAGCAGUGGACAGGAUACAUAUUAUCAAUCUAAAGUGGUCUCUGAUAUGCAAGAGCUUGAAGAUGAGGUCAGGGAAAUGGAGGCAGAGAACAGAAAGAGCAAGGCUUUCGUUGAGGGAUGGGGUGAGAGAAUGCGUGAGACGUGUGUGCUGCUGAAGCAAGUACGAGAGCCUGGUGCAAGGGGGUCUUAUCUCAAGGACUCAGAGAAGGCAGAGAUGUACCGCUUGCACAAACAGAAUCCUGAGAUUUAUACUGUUGAGAGGCUUGCCAAGGAUUAUAGGAUAAUGAGGCAGAGAGUGCAUGCAAUUCUGUGGCUGAAGGAGCUUGAGGAGGAAGAAGAGAAAAAGCUUGGCCAUCCAUUGGAUGACUCUGUUGAGCUUCUGCUUGACACCUGCCCUGAAUUCUUUAUCUCUCACGACCGGGAAUUCCAUGUGGCAUCCCUUCCUUAUAAACCUGACUUUAAGGUUAUGCCGGAGGGCUGGGAUGGUACUAUCAAAGACCUAGAUGAAGUUCAUUAUGAGAUCUCCCAGAAAGAGGAUGAAAUGCUAUAUCAAGACUUUGUCCAGAGAAUGAAUUUCAACAAAAUGAAAGUUGCAGGGAAGGUGAAAUGCCACAAAUAUAGCAGGCGUCGAUCUUCUGAAGGUUGGCAAUUCACAGUUGAGAAAUUGGGGCCACGAGGCAAGCGAGGAGGGGGUGGGGGCUGGAAGUUUGUUAGCAUGCCAGAUGGGUCUAGCCGACCUCUGAAUGAAAUGGAAAAAAUGUACGUGAAGCGAGAGAAACCCCGCCAUCGGCGCAGAAUUUUCCCAUAAUGUGCUUCAUUAGAUAAAAUAAAUUGCUGAUUCUGUUGUAGUCUUUCUGCAUCUACUCGUUGGAUCCGAAUCUUUCUCUUUUCUUGUUUCUUCUUUCUUUGUGGCUUCACUGGGACCAAGUUUCCUGAAGUUCAAUUAUGUAGGAAAGUUAAUUAGGAACUGUUAGAUUUUGAAGGAUUUAAAAAAUCCAGUGGUAAAAAUAAAUUUAAUUUGAAAUUCGUCUUAUCAAUGGAUGUAUAUUAUUUA